GUCCGCGCUUUCUCUCGCUUCCUUUCCCACCCCCGCCGGCGGUGAUGAAGACUCGAAGCAGCAACAAUAGCAGCGGCAGCACCAAAAUCUCUGCAAAAUGGAUUCCGCUGAUUUGUGCUUUCUGCUUUGCACUUGGACUUGUCUUCUCUAACAGGAUAUGGGUUCCGUACGAAUCCAAUGGUCAGCAGCUCAUAUCCCAGCGCCGACGUGAACAA